AGUUGCAAGUGUGAUCUCCUACAGUGCAGACAUGAAACCUGUUAUCGUUCUCACAUUAUCAUGGUGGCUUUGGGCGACUUUAUCAGCAGCUGUAGAAAAUGAGGCUGCACUGUCUGAAGUAGACGCUAGGAGACGUCUUAGACGGAAGUACAGACGCCCUCAUAUAGAGCGCGUGUGGAUCAUGUACCCAGUCGAGAACAACAACGACCUAAGGAGUCGACCAAAUGAAAAUUUUUCUGAUUCAAUUCGAUCUUUCGGUGUGGCCAUACGUGAUCCUGAGAGCUUCAUUCGGUACCUCAGACAGGAAGAGAGGGAACGAUUAGGAAAGGAAAGCUUGGAAUCUUCCAACCACGUACUUCCAAAAUCGAAAUUUGUACAAAUGCAUAUAUUAUCACAGUCAGAUUCAAAAGAAGAGGUUCCUGUUUUGAACAUGGUUGUUGAACAGGAUGACAAAAUGAAUACGAACUCCUUCAUGGACUUCAUGCAAAAAUUAUACGUCCUUCCAGCAUACAACACAAGGCCAUCAUUGUCUAAAGAUUCUUCUGCUUUGGAGUUACAGGAAGAGCGAAGGAAAAUAUUGGUACCACAGCAGACGUUUGAAGAAAACGAUGAAGUUCAGAACUACGAACAAAACACAAACAGUCUUCACAAGCAGCCACUGAACCAAAGAAAAUUUAAUAACGAUUCGGAAAUAGAAGUUGUUCCAAGCGACCCAGAGGUUGGACUUGAACGCCGGCAGAAAGAACAACUUCGAAGGAAGGAGAAUUUGAAUCGGGGAGAGCGACUUUACCAUCAAAGGGUUGAAACUUCUGAGCCGAUAUUAAUCGUCCGCAAAUUUGGUCAGAGAAACUCAGACUUGUCGAGACCUUCAACACCUGAGUUUAACAAUUCUAAAUACCAUGAAAUAUUAAUGACUCCUUCGAGAGAUAUUUUACCACCCCCAGCCUCUACCUUCAGAAAUUCCAGUCUCACCCAGAAUACUCUAACUUUUACAGAGGCGUCUGAUCUCGAACCACAAAAUAUAAGUUCUUUACCCGUAAGAAAUCAGCCAUCGACUUACAAUCUCACUCGUCCUGUUUUAUCCGUUCCGUCCACUGAACCUUUCGCCUUUCCUCUUCGAGUUUACAGUAAAAUCAGUCCAAACAAUAAGGACAUUUCUCUUAUAUCUGUAGAUACGUCUCGGGGGUCUUACGACAUUAAUACGGAUACCGAUAUAUCGCAUGUCCAUAUCGAUAUACCUCGAAUAUACAAGGCUGUAUCUCGCCCACGUGCUGAUGUCACCACCCCUUCAUCUGAUACCUCACAAACCACUGAGUUCAAUGAAAUUUAUCUUGCCCACUUCGCUGUACCUCGACAGUAUACGAGUCGCAGUUUACCACAAGCUUCCUUCCGGUCAGCAAAGAACCGAUCCCAUCUUGAGGGCUCUUCAGGACUUACAACGGUCUCGCAUCGAUCUUUUCAUUCAGUUGACAAUUCCCGACAGUCUGCUGACAAUUCUCCUCUGUCUACUGACAUUGUUCCUCCAUUACUGACAUUGUCUCACGAAAAAAUGUUCGUGAGAUAUAAUUCUACCUAUAACAGUUAUCAAAAUGAAACGUUGAGUGGUUCUGGCGAUGUUAAACGAGAGUCUAACAGUGGAUCAAGCCAUCGACAGUCUGCCGAUCCAGUCGCCAGAACUACCAAGAACGAUUAUCCGUCAUUAACAUUGAAAACUGAGCAGAAUGAUUCUGGGGGAGACAAGGAUUACAAUCUGUCCACCAAGGCUGGCGACCGGAAGAACUUAAGACGAAAAUCUGUUCAACCACCAAUAAACAAUCACAUACAUCAGGAGGAUAAGUACAACGAGGUACAGCUGACAGUUGCUGAAACAGCUUAUUAUAAGAGAAGACAAUUGGCCAGGAAGCCGUUCAGGAUUCUGGAAACUACUAAGGAAACUGGUUCUAUCCCAGGUGAACCUGGUAAGGAUUAUCCUAUCUACAAUUGGCCGCCAAAGACAAAUUUUGCUUGCGCCAAAGGUCGUGGUGGAUACUUUGCAGACGUCAGUACACGGUGUCAAGUGUUCUUUGUGUGUUCUGAUGAUGGUCAUGGAGAGCCUAUGUUGUGCCCAAAUGGGACACUCUUUAACCAAGCCUUCCUGGUAUGUGACUGGUGGUUUAACGUGGCCUGCGGUGGUUUUCCCUGACAAACACGCGUGACACCACAUAUUAAUAUUGCAACUUAAAAGCCACGGACAUCUAACACAGCAGGUCCGCAGAAUGCUGUAUAUCAGGGUUCUCAACCUUUUCCAGACCUAGAGUUUCCUCAGGAUUCCAUUUGAUUGUUCAUCAAUAAGACACAUCGUAAAUCUUGACUCGAAAUUUUUCAAUAAGCUGAAUAUUUGCUCACAAAAUUGAGGAUACCAAAUGCAGGCUAUUAAUAGGACAUAUUUUAAGAUAUUAGAGACUUUUUCUUCAUACAGGUUAACACUGUAGGCUGUAAAAAUGAACUUGAACCAAACAAAACAUAACAGAGUAAAACAGGUUGUGUAGUCGUGUUGUAUAAGGACGUGUUAUGUUGGUUGCUGUCACUCUGUGGACAGGAACCAAUACUUUAAACAGCAUUCGAAAAAUAACAUUCCAUAUGAAAAAAAGUAAGGCGAGUGUUGUACCGUGAAACACUGGCAUAUUUUUAUAUCCAUUACUCUCUAAAUCCCGUUCUCAUUCACAUUUCUUAUAGAUGCUUUCUUGUGUUCAAAUGUUGAAAGGGUAUAUUUGAGUUUUGAUUUCUCAAACCUGGAGAAAAACUUUUAACUUUCUACUAAAUGUUUUUUUGUCGAACUCAAAUUCUGGGGAAAGAGAAAAUUCAAUUAUGGUCUAGUAAACAUUAUUAUUUUCAGUACUGUGUAAGUAAAAUGAAUGUAACCUAAAUAUUAUAAUCACCAUUUAAAAAGGUGACAUGUUCUUGUAUCUUAGAAUAAGCUCUUACGUAAGAAAAAGUCUAGAAAAUUAUAAAAGUCUUUUUCUUGAGUUUUAUUAUACUAAUACAGAUUACUAGGUAACGCCUGCAAACAGUUUGUAACAGUGCGUAACUAUGGACGAAGAAGUUGAGGGAGGGACUGCGACACUGAAUUGGAAAAUAGAUGUUAAAAAAUGUGGAAACAGAAAACAUUAAAAACAUAUAUUAACUACAGCUUAAAAAUCUGGAUACUGAAAUCUAUAAAUAAUUUGCAAAAAUGAA